AUGGGCCGUGAAGAUACUCGUAUUUUCGUUGGAAACCUUCCACCAGAUGUUCGUGAAAAAGAUAUCGAAGAUAUUUUCACAAAAUACGGAAGAAUCCGUUUCGUGGAUAUUAAAGGAGGACGUGGACCACUCUUCGCAUUCGUAGAAUUUGAAGACCCUCGCGAUGCAGAAGAUGCGGUGCGUGGUCGAGAUGGAUACGAUUUCGACGGUUCUCGUCUCCGAGUUGAAUUCACUCGUGGUGUGGGUCCGCGUGGGCCUGGAGGCAGACCUCUGAGUGGUCGCGGUGGAGGUUUCAGUAGAGGGCGUGGUGCUCCUCGAGGUCGUGGAGGUCCCCCAUCUCGCCGUUCAAGCUACCGCGUGAUUGUUGAAGGGCUUCCCGCUACUGGUUCGUGGCAAGACCUGAAGGAUCACAUGCGAGAGGCGGGUGAGAUCUGUUAUGCUGACGUUGCACGCGAUGGAACUGGCGCCGUCGAGUUCGUUCGUUUUGAUGACAUGAAAUAUGCUCUGAAGAAGCUGGAUGAUACUAAGUUCCGUUCUCAUGAGGGAGAGACCUCAUACAUUCGUGUACGUGAAGACACAAGUUCAAGUGGUGGUCGCGGUGGUCGAAGCCGUUCUGACAGUCGCUCACGCAGUCCACGUCGCGCAUCGCCGAAGUACAGUCCGAGAGGCUCGCGCAGUCGUUCAGAAUCAAGAUCAAAAUCUCGCUCUCCUGAAUAA